CUGCUCGAGAAGCCUUCAGUCGCACUUAAGAUCCUUGGAAGGCAGACAAGCUUCUACAGAUGGCGGCCACAAAGGACUCUGUGUCAGACCUGGAGAGCAGCAUGAUCACUAUUAUUCAAACUUUCCACAAAUACUCGGGUCAAAAGUGCAAGCUGAAGAAAGCAGAGCUUAAACAACUUAUCAACAAUGAGAUGAAUCAUUUUAUAAUGAAAAUCAAGGAGAAUGACACUCUGGAUGAGCUCUUCGCCGAUCUCGACCAGAACAAAGACCUGGAGAUCGACUUCAAAGAGUUCAUUGCCCUCAUCGCCAUGGUCACCUCAGCUUGCCAUGAACUCUUUACUUUAAAGUAAUUAGUUUGCAUGCUCACAAAUUACUCAUUUAAAUUCUGAGGAACACACAAAGGGAGAAUGUGCAGUUUUCUUUUAAUGAGACUGAGAUUUAUUAGCUGUGCAUGGUAGUUGAUUGUGAAAUAAUUUUUUAGCUCAAAAAAGUUUGUUUAAAACGCUCACCAGUCACGUUAUUAGGUACACCUCUUCAGCUGCUCAGUAUCUAAUCAGCUAAUCACAUGGCUGCAACUCAAUGCAUUCAGGCAUGUAGACAUGAUCACGACGAUCUACUGAAGUUCAAAAUGAGCAUCAGAAUGGAGACAAAAAGGUAAUUUAAGUGACUUUGAAACUGGCAUGGUUCUUGGUGUCAGACGGGCUUUUCUGAGUAUUUCAGAAACUGCUGAUCUACUGCGAUUUUCCCCACACAAUCAUCUCUAAGGUUUACAGAGAGUGGUCUGAAAAAGAGAAAAUAUCCAGUGAACCUGCAGUUCUCGGGGGGAUAGCACCUUGUAGAUGUCAGAUGUCAGAAGAGAAUGGCUGGACUGCUUUGAGUUGAUACAAAGACAACAGUAACUCACUCAUUACAUCUAAGGUAUGCAGAAGAGCAUCUCUGCAGGGACCACUUUCAACUUCAAACCUUGAAGCAGAUAGACUCCAGCACCAGAAGACCACAAGGAGUGCCAUUCCUGUCACCUGAGGCUACAAUAUGUGCAUGGGUUGGAGACAAUAGAGGAUUUGAAAAAUGCUGCCUGGUCUGAUGAGUCUUGAUUUCCACUGUGACGUUUGGAUCCUACAGUCAGAAUCUGGCAUAAGCAACAAGAAAGCAUGGCUCCAUCCUGCCUUGGAUCAACAGUUUAGGCUGUUGGUGUUGUAAUUGUGUGGGAGAUAUUUUCUUGACAAAUUUUGUGGCUUUAAUACCAAUUGAGUUUAAACACCACAGCCUACCUGAGUAUUGUUGCUGACCAUGACUUCUGACGGCUGCUUCCCGUGGGAUAACACACCAUUUCACAAAACUCAAAUAAUCUCAAACUGGUUUCUUGAACAUGACAAUGAGUUCACUGCACUCAGAUGACCUCCACAGUCACCAGAUCUCCCACAGUCACCUUUGGGAUGUGGUGGAACACAAAAUUUGCAUCAUGGAUCUGUAGUCAACAAAUCUGCAGCAACUGCGUGAUGCUCUCAUUUCAACAUGGACCAGAAUCACUGAGGAAUGUUUCCAGCACCUUGAUGAAUCUGUGCCAUGAAGAAUCAAGGCAGCUCUGAAGGCAAAAUGGGGUCCAACCCGCUACAAGCAAUGUGUACCUAAUAUAAUGACCAGUGAGUUUAUAAUAAACCAAAUACGGGAUGUGUGUUAUA